GUGGGUAUAAGGUCGUCAACCGCCUGGUCGAGCAAGUCGUGGAACCCCAAUACCAACCUUGACUGUUUGAUUCAUCUACGAAGAGGCAGGUAGCGACGUGGUGCCAUCGUACAUCUCCAAACCCCUUCUCUGCUGCGCAUCUUUAUCAUCUCUAAUCAUCCUUUCCCAAGUCUAUUCUCGUCUAGUCGAUUGGAGCUCACAAAUUAUCUAUCACCAUCACUUCACGCGCCUUCCUCCUUCCCUAACUGGACACUGGCUUCUUCAACUACAAGCCUACAACCUCACUGAUCUAUUCUCCACAACAUCCCCAUUCCUACAACUAGCCCUGCUCGCCAGCACCUCCAUCAAGUCGCAACCUCAGCCAACAUGCUCUUCACUGCGCUUUCCACGGCUCUCGUGCUGCUUGCCAGCUCUGCCAAUGCCUUGCCUUGGCCCGCUCAGGAAGUUGCAACUUACACUCCUGCUCGCGACCUCAGCAGACUCGCAAAGCUAUUCCCCGAGAGCUCGCUACCCGCACCAAACGAAAGCCUCAAAUAUGUGCUCCUCGGUAUCGGCACGCAGAACUACACCUGUCCCCCUGGUGACGAGAACGCUGUUCCUGGAACUACUGGUGCUGUUGCGACGCUCUACGACAUCGGCUCCAAGCUCAACGACGACCCCAUGGCCAAGUGGAAAAUCGGUUCCAUCUCUCCCCUCGCUCUCGCUCUAAGCGCUCUGCCCAAGACGUUGACAAUGGGCCUCAAGUCCCAAGGUUUCGACAAGAUCGCCGGUCACCACUUCUUCGGCAAGAUUUCUGACAUCAACACGCCAAUCUUUGCCCUCGACAAGCUUAGCCUUCAGCCCCAGCCAUUGGCCCAGGUCAGCAAGCUCAACGAGACGGAUGCCCCCGCGACCUCCUGCCCCGGCAACAACGGCCUCGGUGCGAUCAAGUGGCUCUACCUCAAGGACACCAAGAACAUCUCCCAAGGUGGCAUCAACACCGUCUAUCGUGUUGAGACGGCCGGCGGUAACAAGCCUGCUACCUGCAAGGGCAUGAAGCCUUCAUGGGAGGUCAAAUACGCGGCGCAAUACUGGGUCUUUGGUCCUAAGAACUAGGCGCCGAACUUGCGGUUAUCGUUUCGAACGUGUCGGAACGCUCAUACAUAUUAUGCGUCUGCUAGGACAUGCCUGGCCUAAUUACGCGUCACUGCAUUCGUCUUAUAUUGACACGAUGACUGGUGGCGUGGCGCUUCCUUUUCUGUAUUUACCUUUCCUUGUCUUUACGAUACCCGUCAUCAUGCAUAUUUGGUGGUGACCUUUCCAUCACCAAAUCUUAGGCGUUCCCGGAGCAAAACAUGGGUGGCUCAUUUGAAGGUGACGGAGAAUAGAUCACCUACAAUAAUAUCAAAAGUUCGACUUUCCAUCUUUGCUGGCUCAUAUUGCGACAUCGUGUCUCUACUCUUUAUGUCUUUACGGGCGGUGGUAUUUACGUGUUUAGACGC